AUGUAUUUCAAAGGAGCCUUCAUCUUCUCCCUCUUCGCCUCGGCCCUUGCCGCCCCGAUCACCAGUGGUGACCAGAAGGUCAAGCGUGGAAUUCUCUCAGUCCAGGACUACUCGCAGUUCCAAAUCUCUGAUGGCGUGGCCGGCAACGCCCUGGCCGAGGUCCAGGCCAAGUUUCCUAUCGACGAGUCGGACCUAGCCUCGGUUGACGACGAAGACCUGGCCAUUAUCAAGGCAGCGCGCGAGACCGCGGAGGCGGCCGAGACUGAUGCGGGCGGGUUCAACGAGGCCAUCGAGGCUGCUGGAGGGAAGAAGACGACCAAAGGAAAGGCGCUACAGGUCGGCAAGAUCAAGAACAAGGUGCUCAAGCUGCAGCUGCAGGUGCUAGCGCUGAAGAUCGAUGCCGCCAAGGGUAAAGACACCGCCGAAAAACUCGCCGCGGAGCAGAAGAAGCUGGACAAGAACGUCGCGACAGACAAGGCAUCGGCCGGGCAGACGAGUCAGAGUGUGAACUUCCAAGGGACUUCGCAGCCGUAG